CCCCGGUUCUCGCUCGCCGACGAAGCCCGCUUCGUGCUGGGCCACCGCAAGAAUGCCUUUGAGGCCGCCAAGAGGCUGCGCAACAUGCCCGUCGAGUUUGUCAGCGCCGGACUGCUCGAGGGCACCAUCAAGGAGCGCGACGAGGAGAGCGACGAGUCCAUUGCGCCAUCCACCUCCGAGUCCGCCUUGCCGCCCGACAACAAUACCCGCGCCAUGGCCCACAUGGCCAUCCGCAGCCCCUCGCCCGCCCUCUCCGAGGCCUCGAGUGGCUCCAGCGACGAGGUCGUCUUCCAGGGACGCGCCAACACGUCAGCCCCACUCUCGACCGCCGCGUCGCGCGUCGAUAGCCCGGACCCUGCGCCGACCACCACUGCUGCGCCGACCACCACUGCUCCGCCGACCACCACUGCUCCCAGGCCAGAAGUCGACGCCGACGCAGACGCCGACGCAGACGCCGACCCCGACUCCGACGCGGAUGCUGUCAGUGCCGAUGCGUUUGCAAAGCGACGGGCCGGCAAGCUUGCUUGGCAAGGCACCACAACUGCAUGGGCUUCCAAGUCGAAGCCAGGUAUCGGGUGGCUGCCGAGUGAGCAACGUCCCGACAUGGACGUCUUCCUUGCUGGCCACGUCGAUGCUCGCGACGCCGCCAUGGACGACUACGUGCAGAACAUUCAAGAAUCUGGUCUCACCGGCGACAUGGUCAAGGCCCCGGGCUUUGCGCGUCGUGAAAUGGACCUUGGUGCUGGCAGCCGCAAUGACUGGGAGUCGGCGUCGGGCAGCCACAAUGACUGGGAGCCAGCGUCUGGCAGCCAGGCUGGCGACAAGGACGCCCAGGCCAGUGUCUGGGACUCUGAUAUGCUGCAAGACUUUGACGGCAUGAGCACUUCGUCAGACGUCAUGGACACGGUCGCCCGCAUUCUUUCCAAGCGGAACCGCAAGAGCGGCGUCCAGUACCUGUGUGUCUACGAAGGCUCCGUCCCAGAUGACGCCCACUGGCUGCCUGGUGGCUAUCUGCAGAGCACUGCCGAAAAGGACCUCGUCCAAGCUUUCGAGGCCGCCGCCCUGCUUCGCAGCAAGGCCGAGUUGGACGGCAGCGGCAGCAGCACCAGCGACUCUGAGGGAGAUGAAGAAGAAGACGACGACGACGACGACGACGACGAUGAUGACGACGAUGAUGACGACGACGACGACGACGACGACGACGACGAUCCAUUCGGAUUUGGCAACGACGAGGAGCUCGACGACGAAACCAUCGCCCGAGUCUUGCAAAAGCAGGAGGAACUCGGCUUGGGUGCGGACGAACUGAUGCUCUACGCAGCUGAUGACUACUUCGCCGCAUCCUCGCGUGCGGACGACUACAUUCCUCUCAACGCUGGCCGAUCGAGAGGAAAGCAGGGAAAGCGCGGCGGUAGGAAGAACCGCGAGCCUACGUUCCCCUCGGCCUCUGCCAUGGCAGAUGUCCUCGACAUGGAUCCCUACAACGGCUUCGACAUCAUGGACACUGAGCGCCCCUCGCUGAAGCCCAAGAAGAAGGGCCGACGUGGCCAGAUGCCGUUUGAGCUGCUCGAUGACUCGGACCUCAACGACCAACUACAAAGCGCCUGGGAGGCCGAUCGAGACAAGAAGCGUCUGAAAAAGGCGGAGCGAGAAGAGUUGCGUCAGCAGGGCCUGCUCGGCAGGAAGGGCAAGGCACCAAGCUUAAAGGUCAAGUACAAGGACGGCAUCAUGAUGGAACAUGUCCUGGAAGAGAUGCGCGACUUCUUGGUCGGCGACAUGCAAACCCUUGCGCUUCCCCCUAUGGAUGCUCACCGUCGCGCGGCCAUCCACCAGGCUGCGGCUCACUUCAAGCUCACGUCCCGCUCUCGCGGCGAUGGGUACGACAGGUUCACCGUCCUCACAAAGACCACCCGCACACGGACGUACUCCGAUAACGACUUUGACAAAGCAAUCCUGCAAAACGGCCUUGUAAAACGCCUCUCGGGUCCAGCCUUUUCGCAAAAGGGCGAUUGUGCAUUCAAAAAGGGCAAUCGUGCAUUCAAAAAGGGCGAUUGUGCUUUCAAAAAGGCCGCCUCCGUUCGCUUUGGCGGCGCGCGCGGCAAGCCUACAACCGGCUAUCGCGACGGCGAGACAGUCGGUGCCAAUGCCCCGGAGAUUGGUCCUGAGAACAAGGGACACGCUUUGCUGGCUAAGAUGGGCUGGUCAAAGGGCAUGGCGCUCGGUGCUCUGGACAACAAGGGCAUCUUGCAGCCAAUCCCGCACACGGUGAAGAUGACCAAGGCGGGCUUGCAGUAA